AUUGGUAUCAUCACUAGUCGAAAGUAAACAAAUUUUGCAAAAUUGCUGAAAAUCUAAAGAGCGGGCAUAUAAAUGUCGUUCCACUUAAGUACCAAGGAGCGUCUGCUUCUGCAAAUCGACGACAUCGAAAUGAUCGCAAAGGAACUGAUCGAGCAGGCGCACCAAAAGAUAUCCAGCACGGAGCUCGGUGACUUGCUUGAUUUGUUGGUGGCCAAAGACGAGGAGUUUCGCAAAAUGCUUGAGUUGGCCGAGGAGCAGGCAAAAGUGGAGGAUGCCAUGGACAAGUUGCGUGCCAAGGUGGAGGUGCACGACCGGGAAAUACAAAAGCUACAGAAGUCGCUUAAGGAUGCCGAACUUAUACUCUCCACAGCUAUUUUCCAAGCGCGUCAAAAACUAGCUAGCAUUAACCAGGCCAACAAGCGACCAGUCUCUUCAGAGGAGCUCAUCAAAUACGCCCACCGCAUCAGCUCUGCGAACGCAGUUAGCGCUCCCCUCACGUGGUGCAUCGGAGAUCUGCGUCGCCCGUAUCCCACCGAUAUUGAGAUGCGGAAUGGCUUACUUGGCAAGUCAGAUCAAAACCUAAAUGGCGGUCCGGUACCACAUCAGAACAGCGGACUCACACCAGAUGUUCAUCGCGGAUUAUCUGGCCCUGGUGGAGCCGGCAGCGGAGGAGCUGGCGAAGUGCCGAACGCCUUCCAAAACCAAUUCAACUGGAAUCUUGGGGAAUUGCACAUGACAAUGGGGGCUUCUGGCAAUUCGGUAGCGCUGGAGACACGUGCUCAAGAUGAUGUGGAAGUAAUGUCCACCGACAGUUCCAGCUCAAGCUCGAGCGACUCACAAUAGGAGUGCAGAAAGGGCAGCAGAUAAAUUAUUAUAAUUUCUUAUAUUAUAUAGCGUACAACUAGUUAGUAGGUAUUCAAUAAACCCAAUAACGAUCAUAGGAUUAAAGAAAA